GUCACUGUUGAGACGGAAACCUCGUACAAGAAAGAGGAAUUUUACACAUAUCAUGUGGUUUGAUUCGGUCAGACAAACAUGGGGAAUUUUAUUAGCAUGGAAACUACAAUAUAAGCUUCAGAUGUUACAGGAAAUGCCAAAUUUCAACAAAAUAGUUUUCAUACUGAUGAGAUACAUACCUGUACCUUUCGGGGAUAAAUAGAACAACAAAAUCCUAGGACCAGGUAGUAUCCACUCUUCAGACCGUCGCAUAUGUCAAAUAGACCAGGCUGAUUCUAAU